CAAAAACAAGAAAAAGCAUUGUACGUCUAUUCUAUUCUUAAUUAAUGACUGUUACAAACAUACAUGCAUAUGAAUUCACGAGAAAUUAGUGAUCAGUGUAAUGAGAUGUGAUUGCGUGAUAAUGAUAAUAAAUCUUAUAUUUCACGUUACAUAUACGUGAAAUUCUUUUACAAGAUUUAUCAUAAAGUUUACAAACUGAUGAGUGUAUACUCAUGAAUACUUCUGAAUUAUCAGUAUUAUCAUUCUUCUAUCGAAUGAUAAGUAUAAACCAUCGAGUAUUACUAUAUACGUAGGUCAUCAAUAAAUGAUCACUUAAUAUUAUGGAAUAGUUUUUAUUAGUGAAGAAAGUAUUCAAUACAAUGUCGACGUUGGGAAUGUACGAAUUAACUCAUCCCGAAUUAUUAUCAGAAUCUGAUCUUAAGGAAAUUUUAGAGAAUAGGUGUAUUGACUUCAGUGAUUAUAAAAAUUUAUCCAGAUUUGAAUUAAUAGAACUAUAUAAACGGGUGGCUUUACCACUACCUCAGAGACAAUCUGAGAGCAUUCAAAAUUCAGAUAAAAAACAACAUAAUGAAGGAACUAAUCAUAUUGACGAAUUACAUAGAAAUUCUGUCUUAAUGAACGGUACAAGUAGUAAAACAGAUGUAAAUGGAACAACAAAAUUGGCAGAGUCUUCUUGUGUUAGAUCAAAAUCCCCUGCGAAUGACCGUAAACAAACAUCAAAAAAAAUAUGUUUACAUAAUUCAAAUAAUUUUACAAAAUCUAAUGGUAUUGACAAACGUACUAAUGAUGAAAAGCACGAUGGUGCUCCAUCAAGGAAGAGACAAAAGAUUACAUGGCCAUAAUAUUAUAGCAUACUAAGUGUACAUGGUAUAUAAAACCUAUUUUUUUGAAACUGAAUGUUUAUUUAUGGUUGUUACCUGUAAAUUGGGAUGUUUAGAUUUCUAUCAACUUAUCACUUUAUACUAAAUAAUAUUGUCAUUAAGAAUUUUUAAGGUAAAUUUACAACAUGUAAUUAGUUUUAGUAAUUAUGUUCAUUGAAUUAUUAGUUAACAAUGUUCAAAAUUAAUCCUAUUAGUGAUAAAUGUACUUGUAUCAUUGUAUAAAAAUAAGGCUGCUAAAAUAGCUUGAAUAUUUUAAAUUAUUUAUACUUUCAUAUUGUAAAGAAUAUUUUAUAUCUUCCUUAAUUUUAUUUGAAUGACAAGUAAAAAGCAGUACUAUUUAAUUCGUAUUUAAUAUUUUAAUCGAUCAAAAUUAAUAUACAGUAUAUUUUAUAUGUAUUUUAUAUGUAUACCACUAUGUAUUACAGUAUAAACAUCUAUCUUCAAUUAGAUGUUAAGAUAUAAUUGAAUUUCAAGAACAUUGAUAAGGAUAAAUAAAAACAUAAAGUAUAAUGAGUAUUUGAUAAAUUCAUUAUGCAGUUUAAAACGAUGAUGAUAUUUUUGCGCAUUUGACAUUUGACAACAUUUAACUCAUUAUUGAUAGAAUUUGUAAAAUCUUAGCGUAGAUCUCAUCUGAUUUAAUCAUCGGUUCCAGAUAUCUGUAUUUCGAGAGUUAAUUUUCUCAAUAAAGCUAUUUUAUGAUACUCCUUUCUUACCCUUUAACUUUCAAUUAGUUUCAAGGUAUUUUCAACUUAUAUUUAAGAGAAUAUUCGAAUAACUAAGAAAGAUCAGAGACAAGAGAAAGGAAAUACGAGCAUUCCAAACGGAUCAUCAUUCUGGCUGUUUAGUAUUCUUCGCACCAUGUGACGGAAACGUUACACUUGCUGCUGUGACUAAAACUACGUGAAAUUACGCAACGGUGAAAGCGCAACAGUUUUAAGCUGGAAGAAUUAUUGUCCGAAUUUUAUUGCUCUUGUUUUCCUCUAAAUUUUUAUAUAUUACACAUCAUUAUGUAUAUAUUACACAUCAUCGUAUUCAACAGUUCUUUUUUCGUUUCUUCAAUGAAUGAUAAAUAUAUUGCGAUAUCAUUAUAUUAAUUGAAUUCCAAACAUGUUAAGAUCUAAUUUAAGCUAAUCAUUCCGUUGAUAUGGAUUUAAGAUGUAAGAUUUACAUAUUAAAAGUAUGUAAGAGUUAACUCUAACUCGCGUAAGAGUUACAUAUUAAAAAUUAUAAUCUAACUGAAUAAAUCUGUGUUGAAAGUG